AGAAAGUGACAGAUGAAAAAAAGAGUGAAUGCUAUUAUCUCUCUAUGUCUUUGAAAUGUGCCAUUUAUCUCAGCAUCAACCUCAGGAGGCUCUGAGUUUAAAUGUAUCCAAUCUGACAUUGGUGGAAGUGCAGCAGCAGAGAGACAAACAGAGCGGCUGUAGAGGUGGAAGAGCAGCAGCAGAGAAGCAAACAGAGCGGCUGUAGAGGUGGAAGAGCAGCAGCAGAGAAGCAAACAGAGCGGCUGUAGAGGUGGAAGAGCAGCAGCAGAGAAGCAAACAGAGCGGCUGCAGAGGUGGAAGAGCAGCAGCUUUCAAGGUGAAGCCUUCGACAUGUUGUCCAGAGAAAACCUGACGAGAGUUCUGUUGAUCGGCAGUCUGCUUCUAACAGUUGCGAGGUGCCGUGAAAACACAGUGUUGUUGUACAGCAGACUUGGAAGUGACAUCCUCCUGCCGUGUAUCAGCUCAGUCUCCCUAGACUGCUCCUUAAUUACCUGGACCUUCUACCAAGGAGGCCAGGUGCGGUACUCUGAGGAGGUCAUCGGGGGGCAGGUGAAGGCGGGCACGGACAAGUCCAGCCGCUUGUAUAUCAUGCCCAACUGCUCCCUCACCCUCCGCAACCUCGUCGUCCACGACGCCGGCUCCUACAACUGCCUGAAGGAAGGACAAUCCAUUACUGCCGCUUACGUCUCCCUCCUCACCAUCAGUUCACCUUCCGCCAUCACCGAGCUGCAGUUCGGAGGACGCCUCGCCCUGAGCUGCAUCCUCUUCACUUACUUCAAUGUUGGGCUCUGCAUGCGACACUCCAACACGUUCAACCUCAACUGGGCAGCUGAGGAUGGUGCUGUGCUGGGCAACGACACCAGGCACGAUCUGAUCUUCAGCACCAGUUGUAACAUUACUCUGGUCAUAGAACUCAAGAGGGAAGACAACAACAGGAAGUGGAGGUGUCAGGUGAGCAAUUCAGAGAACAGCACGGCGGCGUUUCUGGAUUUCACUUCUACCUUUUUGUUCCAAAAUCUUCAGGCCGCCCAGAAUCAGAUUCCAUCGUCCUCCAUAGAUGGUCCGGUCCAGCUGCCCAUCAGCCGCAUCAUGCUCUGUGUGGCUCUGCCGGUCAUGGUGCUCAUAGUGGCAUUCUUCACAUGGAGAGGGGGCCAUAAGCGGGCCAAGGCAUCUGCAGCUGGCAUCAAGCUGUAGGAAAUAAACUGACUGUUCAUCGCUAUAUCUGGUUUUGUGUUAUUUUGGGGGGUUUUACGCUGAAUUUCUCUACUUUUUCAAGCCCCAAAUCUUCAUGGAUCUCAGACAUUGUUGACAUUAUAUAACGUGUUGUGUGUUGCAAUUCGGAUUUUUACAGUAAGGUCUUCAUUUUAUACAUGAAGCUUAGCUUACAAUAACAUGCUAAUGCAUGUGUUUUAGCAUUGUGUGGUGAGAAAAUGGAUUCCUUUAUGGAUUGCAAGCUGUAAUUCCAAAACAGAUUGUGUUUACACUCUAUUUGUUUUGCAAAAAAACCUAAAUCAACUUUGGUUGGUGGUGAAACCUAAAUAUUUUAUGACUUUGGUCAUAUUAUUUAUUAGGCAACAAAUACAGUAGGCCUUUAACAGAGCUUAAAUUAAAAAGUUCACAUAUGUCUAUCUUAUAUGUUUUUUUAUCAGGAGUAACACAGAAACUGGAAAAAAACAAAACAGAGAAUAUGGUGAGAUUUCAUUUGUUUAAUUUGAACCCCAGACACCACAGGUACUUAGGGGCACAAAGAUCACAAAAAUGUCUCGGGAUGGCAGUUUCGCCUCAAAACUGUGAGCAAAUCUGUUUUUCGGCAUCAAACAGCUUCCCCUCAGCUUUGUUUCUGCAUCCUUUUCAUACAAUACUUUCUGAAUAUCAAGCCACCCCUUUUCUAAAUUCCCCCAUCAAAAUGUUGAGCAACUCAUAUUUUCUUCCUUCCUAUUAAUUUAAUGAGCAGCAAGCAGCGGCUGUUGCUGAAAGAAGUGCAGUAGUUUUGGUUGUUUGGAACAGAAGUAAAAUUAGCUGUAGUGGUAGUUGAUAGUAUUAUAAGGGUAAAAUAGGUGUGAGUUAAAACUCGGAAUGAAGACUGGAGAGAAGGAAGCCAUUUUUCUUCUUCUUUGCUUUGACAAUUAUUGAAUAUAUACAUUAAAUAUAAUAUAUUAAAACUCUGUGUCCCAGUAGCAUCUGUGUUGCUUAAACGAUGGUGUUUAAUAGGUUAAGCUAAAUGUAAGGAGAAACAUCCUUCUGAAGGGCCUUUGAGCAAGGUGGCUGCUGUUGCGGCUGUGAAUGGUUGUUCAGGUCAUUAUGGCACCUACAAAAUUCUGUAUCCGUGGCGUGUGCUUCGGUUGAUUAAAUAAUUUCAUAAACUGCUUCAACUUUCCAUUAAGUAAGGGUUAAAGGUUAGGUGGCACUGUGUUUAGAAAGCAACAGUAUUAUGAACGAGUUCAAUGGUUUAAAAAAGGGUGGCUUGUAGAUUGUGAACUUCAUGAAAAAAUGUGGUGAGGCUUGAUUACUUUUAAAUGUAGUCAGUUACUAAAUGCAAGUUGUGCAGCACUAUUAAAUAAAACAAUUUAUUUAUUAACAUUUAAUUGCAUUCUCUAAAACAGGUGGCUUUAAUUGUACCUGUAAAACCUUUACACAAAUGUUGUCAUGUAAGAUUUAGUUCUUAAUUCACAACAUUACGAAAUUAACAACUAGAGCCGAAAUAAUUGGUCCGAUCAUUUUUCACUAUUAAUAAAUAUACAGGUUAUUGGGGAAAUAAUGAUCAGUUUGAUUAAUAUUUAAACCAACUAUUAAUUAUUAAAAGGUCAAACUUGACUAAAGAAGGGGUAUCUAUUUUGACUCAAUACUUUACAUAAUCAUUUUGACAUUUCGUAUGAACCCCAGGAAUAUGAGAAAUUGACUGUGAUCUGCCUGCGUUAUAUAGCUUGAUUUAUAGGAUAGGGUGCCAUUUUUCUAAGUCUAUCAAGAAUAAAAACAAUAAUGACAUCUCGUUAGUUACGUUGAAAUGGUUAUUAUUGCUGUAAUUGUUCCUCCUGUGCAUACUGGCUUCAAAUAAAU